UCAAUAAUGGAAGCUAGUUUCUUCCUAGUUUUUGUGUUGUCUUUCUACUCUACUAUACACAAGAUUUCAAGUACAACAGAUAUAAUAACUACAGACCAAUUCAUCAUAGAUGGUCAAACUGUUAUUUCAACUGGUGAAACCUUUGAGAUGGGAUUUUUCAGCCCCAAUGGUUCCUCAAAGCGAUAUAUCGGUAUAUGGUACAAGCAAAUUCUCCCUGUGCAGACAGUUGUAUGGGUUGCCAAUAGAGAAAAACCUCUCACCAAUACAUCUUCAGUUGUUUUCAAGGUCACUAAGCCAGGAAUACUAGCUCUUCUCAAUGGUAAGAAUGAAAUUAUAUGGUCCACUAACACCUCAAGAUCAGUCCAAAAUCCAGUUGCUGUGCUUUUAGAUUCUGGUAAUCUUGUUGUAAAAGAUGCAAAUGAUGGCAACCCAGAAAAUUUUCUCUGGCAGAGCUUCAAUUUUCCAACUGAUACGCACUUGCCUGGUAUGAAGCUCGGCAAGAAUCUUAAAACUGGCCAUGAGGCUUACCUUUCAGCAUGGAAGACCGAUAAUGAUCCAACACCAGGAGAAUUCACUCGUCACAUUGAUCCUACUGGAUAUCCGCAGGCCCUAACCAAACGUGGCACAAGUGUAUCAGUUCGUGCAGGACCAUGGAAUGGUUUAAGAUUUAGUGGGAUACCCAAACAACUACUAACACAAAGCAGCAUUUUUACAUUUCAAUUUAUUUUCAAUAUAGAGGAGGUCUACUAUAUUUUUUCAAUCAUUAACAGCUCAGUUUUAUCAAGACUAGUCCUCACUAGCAAUGGUUAUGUCCAACGCUUGACGUGGGUGGCUCGGACCAAGAGUUGGCAUAUUUACUACAAUUUACCUUCCGAUAACUGUGAUACAUAUAGCUUAUGUGGUGCCUAUGGGAGCUGUGACAUAGAUAAUUCCCCUAUUUGUGGAUGUUUGGAGAAGUUUGUAGCUAAAUAUCCACAACAAUGGGAAAAGGGAGAUUGGUCAGAAGGGUGUGUUCGGAGGACACCUCUUGAUUGCAACAAGGAACAUGUAUUUCUUAAGUAUUCUGGAAUCAAGUUGCCGGAUACUAAGUACUCUCAGUAUGAUAAGACCAUGACACUCGAAGGGUGUAGGCAAGUAUGCUCCAGGAACUGCUCUUGCACAGCUUAUUCAAGUCUAGAUAUAAGCAAUGGGGACAAAGGUUGCUUGUUUUGGUUCGGGGAGUUGAUUGACAUCAGAAAGCUGUCUGAAAGAGGGCAAGACAUUUACAUCAGAAUGGAUUCUUCAGAGCAAGUAUCUGAGGCAGGUUCAAAUAGAAAGAAGGCAAAGAUACUCACAGGGAGUAUCUCAUUGUUGAUGGCAAUGAUUUUGCUAGGCCUGAUUCUGUUAAACAAACGGAAAAAGAAGAAGAAACUGAAACUUAAAGAAGAUUUUGAGCUGCCACAGUUCCAAUUGUCGACAAUAACAAGAGCUACAAAUAACUUUUCGCUCAACAACAAGAUUGGAGAGGGUGGAUUUGGACUUGUUUACAAGGGUGUGUUGGAAGAGGGACAAGAAAUUGCUGUGAAGAGACUCUCGAGGACUUCCAUGCAAGGACUUGAUGAAUUCAAGAACGAAGUUAUUUAUAUUUCCAAGCUUCAGCAUCGAAAUCUUGUGAGACUUCUAGGUUGCUGCAUUCAAGGGGAAGAAAAGAUGUUGAUCUAUGAAUACAUGUCUAACAAGAGCCUGAAUUCAUACAUAUUUGAUCAAACAAAGAAAAACUUACUUGAUUGGCCAAAGCGUUUCGACAUCAUAAACGGAAUUGCUCGUGGCUUAUUGUAUCUCCAUCAAGAUUCUCGACUACGGAUUAUCCAUAGAGACCUUAAAGCAAGCAAUGUUUUGCUAGAUAUAGAAAUGAAUCCAAAGAUAUCAGACUUUGGCAUCGCCAGAAGUGUUGCAGGAAAUGAGAUGGGUGCAAAAACACGCCAUGUGGUUGGGACACAUGGCUACAUGUCCCCUGAAUAUGCAGUAGAUGGGAUCUUCUCGGUAAAAUCAGAUGUAUUUAGCUUUGGCGUCUUGGUGUUAGAGAUUGUGAGCUGCAAGAGAAAUAGAGGAUUUGUCCACCAAGAUCACAACCUUAACCUUCUCGGUCAUGCAUGGAAGCUUUACAAAGAAGAUAGGUCCUUGGAACUAAUUGAUGAGCAGCUAGCAGAUUCUUGCCAUGUAUCUCAAGUUUUAAGGUCAAUCCAAGUGGGUUUAUUAUGCGUGCAACAACGUCCAGAUGAUAGACCAAGCAUGUCUUCUGUCGUUCUGAUGUUGGCUAAUGAGAGUCUACUGCCAAAAGCUAAAGAACCAGGAUUUUUCACAGAAAGAAACGUACUUAAUAAAGCAAAAUCAGGAUCGCAGACAGCCAGUACAAACAAUGAAGUCACAAUCACAUUGUUAGAUCCUCGGUAGAGUGUGACAAGUUAACUAUUUUGACUUGCUUGCACAUGAAUAGGAAAAAUAUAUUAGAACUUUGAUUCUUGAGAAAUACAGUAGUAUUUGAAAUAAAACAUCUAGUUGAAUUCUCUA